UGAACUCGUGAGGCAGUUAAAUCAUUCUGGGCCCCGCACAAGGCUGACUUCUCUCCUGGUGUCCCUGCUCUACGAAGCCAAAGACUUUGAAGAUGAGGGUGUGGAUCAUCUUCCUCUUGUGCCUGGCUGGCCGCGCCAUGGCUGCUCCUGCUGAGGAGGAGCCCAUUGUGGAAGAGCCAGUGCCAGAGGAGCCAGUUGUUGAGGAGACUGAGGUGGGGUCCAACCCAGUGCAGGUUGAGGUUGGAGAGUUUGAUGAGGCCAUUGAGGUUGCUGAAGACGUCGUUGAGAAUCCUUGCCUGGACCAUGUCUGCAAGAAGGGAAAAGUGUGUGAGGUCGAUGAGAGCAACACCCCCAUGUGUGUGUGCCAGGACCCCUCCACCUGCCCUGCUUCUGAGGGAGAGUUCGAGCAUAUUUGUGGCACUGACAACAAGACCUACGACACCUCAUGCCACUUCUUUGCCACCAAGUGCACCCUGGAGGGAACCAAGAAGGGCCACAAGCUGCACCUCGACUACAUCGGACCCUGCAAAUACAUUGAGCCCUGCCUGGACAACGAGCUGAACGAAUUCCCCCUGCGUAUGAGGGACUGGCUGAAGAAUGUUCUGGUGACCCUGUAUGAGCGCGACGAGGACAACAACCUCCUGACCGAGAAGCAGAAGCUCAGGGCAAAGAAGAUCUAUGAGAAUGAGAAGAGGCUGCAGGCUGGUGAGCACUCUCUGGACCUGCUGGCCCAUGACUUCGAGAAGAACUACAACAUGUACAUCUUCCCUGUGCACUGGCAGUUCGGUCAGCUCGACCAGCACCCCGUCGAUGGAUACCUGACCCACACAGAGCUCGCUCCCCUGCGUGCCCCCCUCAUUCCCAUGGAGCAUUGCACCACUCGCUUCUUCGAGCAGUGCGAUGCCGACAAUGACAAAUACAUUGCCUUGGAGGAGUGGGCCGCCUGCUUCGGCAUCAAGGACCAGGAUGUGGACAAAGCCAUGGUCAUCUAAGCCGUUCAGUCCAGCAGCACAAUGAUGACUCCUAGUUGCUACUAACAGGACAAGGUGCUGAUCCCUAAAUUAAAGAAAAUCGUAGUAAUGGUGCUAAUUACAAAUGAGUUUGUUUUUGAAUAACGACAUUUCCUACCUAUACCACUACAAAAAGAUUACAAAAAGAAAUGUGCACAAUCUGUACUAACCAUCAUGUAUUCAUGCAGCUUCUCUUGUGUGUCGAACAAAACACCCAGUAAAGAAAACCGAAGACCUCUGAUGUAAAUGUAUAUUGUUGACAAUAUUAUAUAUAUAUGCUACAAUUUGUUGGUGGUUUUAAUUAGAGAUCAAUUUGACCCAUUAUCUUGAGGAAACAAAACUGUAAAGUCAAAAAUAAAGUUUCUAAAUAAAU